UUUUAUUGUAAGUUUUCUCCUUUAGUUAAAGCACUCCUCUUCUAACACAGUUUGUUCUACAUUUGAGUCCUUUUCAACCACAAUCCAUAACAGAGACUGUGCUAAAAAUGGGUAUACCAAGCAACAACACCUGCCAGCUCUGCCAAGGUAAAGGUGGUGUGUUUGUGAUGACCCCCCGGGAGCAGCUGAGGAAGAUGACGGCGCUGGGCGAACAAGGGACUCUGGAUGAGAAGCACUGGUACAGGCUGGUCAACGGCAUGUCAGCUGGAGAACUGAGGCAAAGACAGGAGCUGAUAAUGAGGAACCAGAUGGCCAUGGCGCCGCAGAUCCUCGCUCAGGGCCAGCAGAGGCUACAGGGGGUCCCGGCACAGUUCGAACCUCGAUUUAUGGAGAGGGAGUUGGUUCCUCCCACAGAGAUGGUAUCAUCCGAGACGAGGCAGAUGCACAUGGGGCCUCACCUCGGCCCACCUCUUCCGCCUCACGCCAACGUCCUGCCUGGCAGAACCUUCCCAGGACCAGCUGGCUACGGCUUCCUGCCCUCGGAACCAAUGGAAACGGUUGCCCGGCGACAGGAGCUCAUACACAAGCAAAACAUAGCAAGGAUGGAGAUGAAUGCCAUCCUGCACCAGAAGGAGCUGGAGAACGCUCACCAAAAAGGGCUGAUGGGGAUCGAGAAUCCUAUGUCGUACCAUUCCAACCCCAUGCUCUUCAGAGGCCGCCAGCGCAUGCCUGACGGCCACGACGUCUUCAUCCACCGUCCCUCCCUGGAUGAGCUGCACUCCAACAGCAUACUCAUGUCGGCCAGCCCCUAUCCACCCAUCAGCUCGCUGCACAGGGAGAGAGGUCGGAGGGCUGGGCGGAGGCCCGCCGUCCACAAGAGCACGGAGAACCAGGCGGCCAACCUGAAGGGCCAAACUGAAGACAAAAGUGUAGAGCAGAGUCCAGAGGCCACAUCUGGAGAGGAGAAAGAGCUGGAAGCAAAGGGGGAUGUGGGAGAAGAGUGUAGUAAAACACACCACCAAACGAAAACAGACUCUGAGCUGGCCACAGGAAGCAGGAAGAGCUACAAAGAGGGAGAGGCCGGGCUGCGUAAAACCUGCGCCACAGCUCAGGACAGUUGUUCAGAUAUGACCAACGGGACUUCGAAUAAUAAAGAAAUACCCGGUCAGUGUUCUGCUUUCCAGGAAAAAUUCAUUUACCCUUCCACUGGCGGAACUCUCACAGGCAUGCCUUACGUCUUCCCUGUCCCGGGAAACGGCUUCCUUCCAACUGGUCCACCAAAUCUCUUUCUGAACGGCGAGGAAGUACCAGAGGACCUAAGGAAGUGGACGGUGAACGACGUCUACAACUUCAUCAGCAGCAUACACACAUGUUCAGAAUACGCUCAGACAUUUAAGGACCACAUGAUUGAUGGAGAAACACUGCCGCUUCUUUCAGAGGAGCACCUACUGGACACGCUGGGGCUCAAACUAGGACCGGCUCUGAAAAUACGAUCACAGGUCUCUAGAAGAAUGGGCAGCAUGAUGUACAUGCUGAACCUGCCUCUCUCUGGCGCCGCUCUGCAGGCCGCCUCCGAAAAGCCCGGGGACCGCUCACCAGAAAUGGGCUCCCCCAUCAACUGCAACAGCGAGGAUAUGGUGGCGAGCCCGAGAGACCCAGAGGUCAUCAAAUCCACUGAACAUCUUCACGAGGCGGGAAACAGUUCCCCUCCUUCAGCCAGCAGUGAGAUGGCCUGAUCUCUGCAGACACCAGAGACAAAUAUGAACUGAACCAGGUUCAGGCCUGAAGAGCUGUUUCUUUUGUUUACAUCAUGAGUUAGUGUUAACGAUGGCAUUUUCUGUUCAACAUGCCCAUACAUGUAAAUAGUAAAAAAAAUAUAUAUAUAUAUUUGUGUUAUGAAGUGAUACAAUAUUCUUCUCUUUCAAUUUUAUACUUUAUAGUUUCUGACUGUAGGUUUUAAUUAUUUUUCUA